AUGUCGCCCUUGCCAGACCCAUUGUCGAAGGUCGUGGUAUGGAGGAGUGACCAGAACAAGAAAAAGCGAGCACGGGUUCCCCUACAAUGUCCCCUCGCAGAAGAUCCUCUAGGAUACUCCAACUUCAAUAACACGAAUGGCCAGCAGAUCGCGUCAACAGAAAUCAAACUCGAGCAACACAAGAAGAGAGCACGAUUAACCAGUUACGUUGAAGUGUCGGCUCAUAAUAUCAGCUAUUAUGGACUACUUGAACGAAUCGUGAAAGACAUGUCCCUGGACGUUGUAAUCGAGAUUUUCUCGUACUUGCAACCCCUCGAGCUGCUCUACCUUUCCCGAACUACUAGAGAGCUUCGUAUCUUCCUCAUGUCUCAGGCCUCUAGUGCGGCCAUCUGGAGGACAUCUCGAACAAAUGUUUUCCCCAAAUUACCACCUAUUCCAGAGGGUCUAAGCGAACCACUGUAUGCUAGCUUGGCAUUCGAAGCAAGCUGCUAUGUUUGCGGGCUUCCAUGCGAAAAUGUUUUUUGGGCAUCCAGGAUACGCUUGCACGGCGAGUGCAAGUCCGAGGUUUUUUUCACCGUCGAGGAUCUUCCAGAACGACUACCUCAACUUGCGGUGGAAUUGAAGGAGCUAGGAGACCUGGCUCAUGUUUGCCACCACGGGCAAAUUCAGAAGCACAAUAGUACGGAAUUGGCCAUGUUAUAUUGUAGGCUGAUCGUUGAGAAGCACUGCCGUGAAUACGUUGACGUCAAAGAUGAUCCCGGAAAACUUGAAAAAUGGAGGCAAUCGAGGGAACAACACUAUAUCAAUUUGGAAAAGUGGGCCGGCAAAUGCAACUCCUGGCAGUCCCGGGUCUUUAUGUUGAGACGAAAGGACAUAAUUUCCCGAUUGAAAGAUGUCUAUGGGGUUUAUGGACUUGAUACAUGGCGCUUUAGAUGCCACCCGUUGGUUCAGCAAACAAAGCUCUUAACCGAGGAUGAGUGGGGUAGCAUCAAACCGGUUCUCGUCCAAUCCCUCAAAGACACCACAGCUUACCAUAUACGAGUGAAACAGGACCGUCCAUUUCAGAACCGAACUCUCGACUUCCGACUCCUAUAUAACGCGAAAUUCAGGAACGGGGACCAAAUUCUGAUGCCUGUCGGAGAUUUCCUCGCUUCACCUUCUGCACAGUCUAUCAAUCACUUGAUUCAUACUACUCCGCGACACAUAGAUAUCAGAGACGACAUUUUCCCUACUCACAUCGAGCGGAUCAGCGGGGUUAUAGCGGGAUUAUCUCGCAAGUGGGUCCUCCAGAAAGCGAGAGAGCUAAAACAGGUUAUCAGGGAAAAUCACGCUUCCUACUUAAGUCUCCGCAAGACCGUGUUCCAAUGCAAGGCGUGUUUACAGGUCCUUUGGGUGCCCCAAGUCUAUGUGCACGACUGUCCGAGCAUACCGAUUGUCAACGAGGGGCCGCCCGAUUGGAAGUACCUUUACAACCCGUACAACACGAUCAAGAAUCUCAGGAUAUGGAAGGCAGACAGUUUCCGUUGUCAUGCGUCAGGUACGGAGUGUGCGAGAAAGUUUAUGAAGUUAUGUGGUGCAAAGAACCUUGAAGAGCUUGCUAAGAUCAACCCGGAGGUGGAGUGCAUGCAUAAGGUCUGUUAUGGCGAAGGGAAACAUCUUGUUAGGUGGCGGAAAAUAGCGUCUUGCAAUUUCCCAUACUAUAUUAUGCCUUCGGGUUCUCAACGGGAUGAUACCCAUGUUAAGUUCCUAUCUAACUCCCCAAUAAUUGCAAUAUUAGGUUGA